AUGCCAGUUCAAAUGGAAAUUCCUAUGCGUAUUUUUUCAGCUCCUGUAAACUCUUCUAUUAUUCUCAUAUCAUUUGGAUCAUUCGUAUCAUCUCGACAACAAGAAGAAUUCGUAUCAAACAUACAAUCAAAGCUCAAAGAUUUAGUAACUUCCAACCAGUAUCUUACAACAGCAACCAUGACAACGAUUCGACUUCAGACCAAGGUGAUGAAGGCCACACGGGCCAGAAAUGAGAGAGCUCGACGCCGUAACAAAGCCUCUAUUCAAGCUUCUUUGGCAGAUGAUGGGAGAAGGAAAAGCACUCCUCCAUCCCAGUCUGUCGCCGCAGUCAAGCCAGAGAAACUCAAGGCUCGUAUCUCAGGCUUCAAGAAUGGUGAUGCCGCUUCUCAAGCAGUCCUCGCUGCCGAACCAAAGAAGCACACGAUACUCAUCCCGGGACCCAAGAAGGCUGAAGCCUCUGCCCAAACAAUUUCUGCUGGAAAGGUGAAGGCUGAAGAAGAAGAUGAUGAAGAAGAUUCAGCUCGUGUUGUCCUGGCCCGAACAUUGCCAUAUAAGCCAACCCGGUUGAGAUUCACUCCUGGGAAGCCAGCAGUUGUGGUUUGA